GUCGGGACCUCUCAGUUGCCGGGGCUGCCCUCCGCGCUGCCUGCGCCCAGUGCGUCCGGCAGUCCAGGGAGCGCGGCCUUGAGCGAGAACCUAUAAUGGAAUGUGCAUGCCCAUCAUCCUAGCUUCUUGGGAGGCUGAGGCAGGGGAACCCCAAAAAGGAACCUAUAAUGGUGCCAGAUGCUGGGAGUCCUUCUUCUGCUGUUGGCAGCUGCCUCAUUGGGCCUUGUGCUGCUAGUCCUGCUGCUAUUACGGAGAUACCGGUUGAGCUGGGGAUUAUUAGUCAUCUUCUGGCUUGAGUGGGUCCUGCAGCCAGUCCGCAACCUGAUCAUGGGUGACACUAAGGAGCAGCGUAUCCUCCGCCACGUGCAGCAGAAUGCAAAGCCUGGAGACCCCCAGAGUGUGCUGGAAGCCAUUGAUACUUACUGCACACAGAAAGAGUGGGCCAUGAAUGUGGGUGAUAGGAAAGGCCAGAUUGUGGAUGCCGUGAUUCAGGAGCACAGCCCCUCCCUUGUGCUGGAGCUGGGGGCCUACUGUGGCUACUCAGCUGUGCGCAUGGCUCGCCUGCUGCCAACUGGUGCACGACUGCUCACCAUGGAGAUGAACCCUGACUUUGCUGCCAUCACUCAGCAGAUGGUAGAUUUUGCAGGUCUGCAGGACAAGGUCACUGUCCUGGUUGGGGCAUCCCAUGACCUCAUCCCUCAGCUGAAGAAGAAGUAUGAUGUGGACACACUGGACAUGGUCUUCCUUGACCACUGGAAGGACCGAUACCUGCCAGACACACUCCUCCUGGAGGAAUGUGGCCUGCUGCGGAAGGGGACAGUACUUUUGGCUGACAAUGUCAUCAUCCCAGGAACACCCGAAUAUCUGGCAUAUGUGCGUGCGAGCAACAACUUUGAGUGCACACAUUACAGCUCAUAUUUGGAAUACAUGAAUGUGGUGGAUGGCCUCGAGAAAGCCAUCUACAAGGGCCCAACCAGUCCAGUGCAGCCUUGAUUGUCUAUCCUGCUCUGGGCUCCCCUGACAAGCUUGGUCCUCCAAAGGGCAAGAUAGACAAACUUCUACUAAUGCCAUUUCUGUAAUUCUGAGAACUGUACUCAAAUCCUGUAAGGCCUGGGCCUUGCCCAUAUAGUGACCUCUCUGUGUUGCAGUUCCAGAUUGUCACACUCUGGCACACUCCAUAGAGUAGGUUCAUUGUGUGAAAAUACUGCUGACAAAGCUAAAUUGAGGGUAGUGGGGAUAUAGCUCAGAGCAUUUGCCUAGUGAGGCCCUGGGUUCCAUCCUCAGCAAUACACACCACAAACACACACCAAAUUGGGGCAGGUGGUAUCUUUGGUGUCACUGACCAGCAAGUGGAAUUCCAAUAGGGUUUCUACAUGGUUCUCAGGCACUGACACCUCCUUUAGACCCAGAAAGGGGUGUGAAAGUCAGACAUUUACAAACUGCUGUGCCUUCCACUCAGGAUGUCCUCAAGGCUUGCUGUCAGUAGGUGGCAGCAAAGCCUCAGUAACUAUCAGAAUUAACAACUCUUACAUACUUUGGACUCCUGAAUUUUCACUUUCUUUUAAAGAAUGAAUCAUAACUGCUUUACUAAAAUUGGCUAGCUGCAAUAAUCUUAUACUAAAAUAAUGUUUAAAGGACAAAAUAGAAAUUAAAAAUUAAACGCUGGGCCCGGUGGUGCAUGCCUGUAAUCCC